AUGAAGUUCCUCCUGUUUUUCACUCUUUUAACCCUACUGGUCGUGAGCCUGCACGCGGCUGAGACCACCACAUUCCCUUCUUGCGCCCUUGAGUGCAACACAGCAUUGUUCUCAGGAUGCUCGCUGACCAGCAAUACGACAUGCUUUUGCGAGAGUGACACGCGUCCGACCGCGCUGCUGAACUGUGUGGAGAGCAAGUGCACGACUAAGGAGUAUUUUACCACCAGACGGCUCUACGAACAGAAAUGUGAUAUCACGCCCCUCCAAGGCCCUUCGCUCGUCCAGGGCGGAACUAUGGUGCCUCUUGUUCUCGCCACGUUUUUCUUCGUGGCGCGAAUGAUCGCCAAGAGCAGCGGCCUAGCUGGUGGCUGGGGAUGGGAUGAUUAUACGAUCAUCGUUUCUUUCGUUCUCGGCAUUGCCAUUUUCGUCCUGAAUAUUUACAUGGUGAAAUUUGGCUUCGGUCGGAAUAUUUGGGAUGUCCCAUUUGACGACAUUACCAUGUUCUACAAGUGUUUCCAAGGUCUCGCCGUGAUGUAUAAAAUCCAAAUCUCUCUCGCCAAGAUCUCGGUUUGUCUGUUCAUGCUGCGAAUUUUCCAAGCUCGCAAGUUCCGUUAUAUGUCCUAUGCACUCAUGGGUCUCAACGCCGCUACCGGCAUCACUUGGGCCUGUGUGGAUUCAUUUCGUUGCUUGCCUACGUAUUUGACAUGGACUGGCUGGAUGAAUGAGGAGCAAGGAAAGUGUAUUGACUUUAUCACUUCCAUUCUCAUCAACUGUCUGGUCAACAUCUUUCUUGACUCAAUCUUGAUUGUCAUGCCCGUGUAUGAAGUGAUCAAGUUGCAGUUGCCCUUGAAGAAGAAGCUGACUGUGGCACUGAUGUUUGUCGUUGGUUCAGUUCUUACCAUCAUCGCUAUUAUUCGAGUCGUCGUCUUCUGGAACAACCGCUGGGGUGCUAACCAGACUCUUGGUCUAUACCCACUCAUUCGCUGGUCAGUCAUCGAAACUCAGAUUUCCGUCCUGUGUGCCUGUCUCCCUGCAUUCAGAGCCCUCAUCGGUCGGUGGUUCCCUGCUCUUCUGGGAGGCUCCAAGGGCCGAACAUAUCCUUCAAACACGGAGGAGUAUACCAGGCAAACCGACGGCAACAGCAAAAUCAACAAGUCUGUCACCUACUCGGUGAACUAUGCCGCGCGCUCAGACACAAACAGCGAGGUGGAGUUGGUGGAUAUGGAUGCGAAGUACGCUCGAUGA